UUCAUGAUUGCACAACGCCCCGUCAUUCUAAACAAAAAUAUUGCACACUCGACGCGUAAUUUAAUGAAAGUUCCCCAAAACGUGCUGCAAUUUAAUAAUUGCAAUACCGUCGAUUUGGAGCAGAGUUAUUCAUGUGCAUGUCGGUAGGAAGAGAAGAUAAUUUCACCGCAAGUUUGAAUUUGUAGACAAUCAUUGAAAUGGAAGAUACAGCAGCAUCGUUAGUGGAUGCUAGUCCUGAUGAAGUCCUUGAUGUCAACUGCAAGACAGCAAAACAGACACGCAAGGAUGCCGUGAUGCAGGACAAGACGUUACAGCAAGAGGAGGAGACGAAGACGGGCAAAGACGAUGUGGGAGAAGUAGACGAGGAAAAUGAAGUGAUGGAAAUGGAAAACACGAAAAAAAAGCGAAGACGGAGGAGAAAACACAGGCAUUCAUCGAAAGAAGAUGCCGCCGACCAGGCUGAAGUUGUAGAUGUUAAUGCAGCAUCAUCUGUCAACGAUGACUCACAGUGUUCCGCCGAUCAACCAGCUUCCAAACAGAAAGUUUCAACUCGACAGGGACAGCCCAAGAAGGACAGGCCACGAUCCGCUGAGGACAAGGAGCUAACGCAGUCCCAAUACCUACAGCUGACUGGUCAGCAAGACUGGAGGCAGGGUGGGGCAGCGGGUGGGGAACAUGAGGACCGGCCCAUGUCAUCCAAGGGGCAGAGCAACAAGGCCGGGAAGAGCCACAAGGCGGAGCAGAAAGGAAGACAGACCCCUAGCAAGACGCCCAAAGGCAAGCCCCAACCCGAGACCCACGAGGCGAGCCCCAAACGGGACAGACCAAACUCAUCCAAGGGCAGGAUGUACAGAAAUCAAGCCCCGUCAGACCAACAGAAAAUCAGUCAGACGCCAAAGAAUGAAAAGUCCAAAGGAGCAACUUCUAGGAACACUCCAAGAGACACUAAGUCUUCCAAGAACCAAAAGGACUCUCCGCAAACUAAUCGCAGGGCUGAAGCUCAAAUGCAACAGAACGUUCAGAAUGGAGAAGAUCAUACACCAAGUAAAGGUGACCCAAUGGGUCAAAGGACACCGGGAUCGGAGGGCAGAGGGAAGAAGCCCAAGACACCAAAAUCAAAGAACAGGAACGGAGCUGGAACCCCAAACAGGAAGAACUUCAAGCCUUUUGAGGACUACCUGUCAUUCGAGGAGGUCUCUCACGGACUGAAGAGGAAACAUCUCCUGCAAGGAACUCUGCGAAUCAACCCCAGGAACUACGAGGAAAGCUACAUUGAUUCAAAGGAUGGCGGAGCAGAUAUCAUGAUCAGCGGUGUCCGGGCACGCAACAGAGCUUUGGAAGGAGACGUGGUGGCGGUAGAGUUACUGGACAAGUCAGCUUGGAAGCUUUUGGAGGCGGAUUACAUGUCAAACAAGAAGAAAAAACUCAGGGAUGCCCGGUCUGCUGCGACAGCCUCAAAGCCAGAGACGGCUGCCAAAGCAAGCUCAAUUGCCGAGGCUGAGAAGGCACUCGCGGGAGAGCUCCAGGGGUUAGAAAUUAACGACACGUCUGGUAACUUGCCCUCUGACAAUGCAAUAGACCUGAACGCAGCUGGUACUACUAAAGCCAAACUAUCCAAUAACGACAAUUCAAUGUUCCGCGUGAGUGCCGAAAAUCGGGUCCCGGCUGCCCUGCCAGAGAAGGACGGUGACUCCGCGAAUGUCAUCGUCAUCAGAAAUUCUGGACUCCCAGUCCCAGACGAGGAAAGCCCACAGGAAGAGAUAGAGGACGUUGUGAAGAGGCUGUUCCCCGAUAACGGCAACGAAGACCAGACAAACGAGGCAGGGAGUGAUGAAAAGGGGGCGGAGAAAGCGGAGGAGGAGAUACCUAGAAGGUUCUUCCAGAAGCAAGGGAAGAUUGUCUACAUCAUUGAGAAGCGACACUCCAGGGCAAGCAGCGGCCUUCUAAAACCACCCACCAGCAGUAAUGCAACAGAUGCCCUCUUUUCCCCAACCGACCACCGUAUGCCCAGGAUGUACAUACCACUGAACGAGUGUCCUGACGGUUUUCUUGAGCGUCCGGGCGAUUUCGAGACGACCCUCUUCAUCGCGAGGCUAGAGGAGUGGCCUAAGACAUCAGUGAUCGCCAGGGGUCACCUUCACCGCAGUCUUGGGGAGGCAGGGGAGAUCGAACCCGAGACCGAAGGCAUGCUGAUUGAGCAUGGGGUGGACUACUCAGACUUCUCUGAUGAGGUUAUUGAAUGCCUUCCCAAGAACCUUCCCUGGACAAUUCCCCAGGAAGAAAUCGCCAAACGCAGGGAUUUCAGGGAUCACUGUGUGUUCACCAUCGAUCCCGCCUCAGCGCGUGACCUGGACGACGCACUGUCAUGUGUUCCACUCGGAGAUGGGUUGUAUGAAAUGGGCGUGCACAUAGCGGACGUCAGCUUCUUUGUGGAUGAAGGCAACGCACUGGACUCGGUCGCCGGUUUGCGGGCUACCAGUGUUUACUUGGUGCAAAAGGUGAUUCCCAUGUUGCCACGGUUACUGUGCGAACACCUUUGUAGCCUCAACCCAAACGAGGACAAGUUGACUUUCUCGUUUCUAUGGAAACUCACCGAGGAGGGAGAGAUUCUUGAGGAGUGGUGCGGCCGUUCCGUCAUCCGUUCCUGCGUCAAGAUGAGCUAUGACCACGCCCAGGGCAUCAUCGCCGAACCAGAGCGAGAGUGGAGACAGGAGGAGAUGCCUCCUAUCACCGGCGGCUUCACAAUCUCCGACAUCGCAAAGGGAGUUCUCAACUUGAAUAAGAUUGCUCAGAACCUGCGCAAGAAGCGAUCAGAAGAUGGGGCGCUGCGACUGGACCAGAUCAAGCUUCAGUAUGGCCUGGACAAGGAGUCUGGCCUGCCGUGCGGUUACUCCGUCUACCAGCAAAGAGACAGCAACAAACUGGUGGAGGAGUUCAUGCUUCUGGCCAACAUGGCAGCCGCCCACCGCGUCCACGACUACAAGAAGAAGACCGCCCUCCUGAGACGGCACCCACCGCCAAAAUCCAAGAUGAUGGACGACCUGGCGGGCAUGUGCGCUGACCUCGGGCUGAAGGUGGACGGGAGUAGCUCUAAGUCCAUACAAGAGUCCCUGAGUCGGUACCUGGGCCCACGAGACGAUAAGCAGGCCUGGGGGAUGGGCCAGAUCCUGACGGUGCUGUACUCCAAACCGAUGCAGAGAGCCAAGUAUUUCUGCGCCGGCACCCUUGAAGACGAGGUCUUAUAUCGCCACUACGCUCUCAACGUGCCCCUGUACACCCACUUCACCUCUCCAAUCAGACGUUACGCAGACAUUCUAGUCCACAGGCAACUAGCAGCCUCACUCGGUGUCGGCCCAGUCUCAGAGAGGGAUACACUUGCCAUCCAGGAGCAGGCGAUGAGAUGCAACGAGCGCAAGGAGGCGGCCAAGAAAGUAUCAGACAUGAGCAGCGAGAUGUUCUUUGCCAUAUUUGUCCGGGAGUGCGGCCCCCUGGAAGAGGACGCCAUGGUGAUGCAGGUGUUGGACCGUGCCAUUGAUGUCCUGGUGAUGAAUUUAGGGGUGGUCAAGAGAGUGUACUGCAAUGCACUUCCCUUGAAAAGCUUCAAAUUUGAGAAACAAGGGAAGCAGGGUCGGCUCACGAUUGUCUGGGAAGCUGAUGAGCAUCACCCGGACGAACCGACACAGAUCUUACAGCUCUUCUCAUUGGUCAAAGUGGAGCUGAAGGCAGACAAAGAGCCACUCAAGUUCACCGCCACCAUGAAGCGACCAGAUGUUGAGUAACGUGUGUAAUUGUCCACCAGAUAUGCAAUCGGAGUUCACGUCGACAAGUUUGCCUGGCUGAAAGGACAAGAACUGGUGAGAAGCACUGAAUCUGAAGAACAAGUGAACUAAGCAACAGGGAGUACUCCAUUUACCACAAUCCCCCGCGUCAGUACUAAAAAUCAUUGCUGUUUCUUGAGCAUUUUAUAUUGGCCAUAUCUGCUGGUUCAGUGUUUGAUAUCAUUUGUGUGAUGUAAAGGAUCAAAGAAAAUACAUGGGUUUUUUUUGGGGGGGGGGAAGAAGUUUGUGACUCUUCACAUUUGUUUUAAUAUUGUUCAGUAUUUGGGUUAUUCUAUAAAUUUGGGGUCCACUUUUGCCUGUCCCUAUUACAUCUGACAUCUAUAAUUUUAUAGUUCUGACGCCCUCCUUAAGGCAGUCAUCCUCCAAGAGUGAUAUUAACAGCUAGCUACCUACAAAACAAAAAGAAAAAAUCGUCUGAAGUCGUUUUUAAUGACACUGGAAUGGCAAAUUACAAAGAACCAAGUUACGAGUAACAGGGAAAAGAAAAAAAUGUCGUACUUUGGACCGUAGAUUUAUGGAAUGACUCAUUUUUCAGUGUCGUACAGCAACAGGCUGGUUUUAAAUCAAAGUGAUAUCGUUUGCCAGAACUUGUGUUUGUGUUUUUCAAACUUGCCAGCUAUUUUUGUACUGUUCUCUUUAAACGAAGAUUUUUCUUCGUUUAAAAGCAUUACCUUAUUAGAGAACAAAAGAGGAAGUUUCAUUCGGUUUUUAAUUUUUCUUUUAGUUUAAGAGCAUGUGAACAAAAAGAAAUUGGUGCGAUAUGCUUUGCCCAAGCUCUUUUGCAAGCUGCAACAGAAAACCAGAGGGAAGGGCUAGGUUAACAUAACCAAUUUCUAAUUUUUUUUCAGGAGUUGUAAGUCAUGCCCUUGGGCAAGGCAUUUUGUCACGCAUUGCUUCUCUCCACCCAGGAAUA